AUGGGCCUCCGGGGCUCCGGGGUGGGCACUGGGGGCGCGGGCCGGGCAGCAGGCCCUGGUUCUCUGGAAGACAGCGCCUGUGGCAGUCACUGUGGGACGUGUCCCUGUUCUUCCCACUUUGCAGACGAGGAAACCGAGGCCCGGGAGCCGGUGCUGCUCUCCCGAGUCACCGAGAAGGAAGUCCAGCAGUGGUACAAAGGCUUCAUCAAGGACUGCCCCAGCGGGCAGCUGGACUCGGCGGGCUUCCAGAAGAUCUACAAGCAGUUCUUCCCGUUCGGGGACCCCACCAAGUUCGCCACAUUUGUUUUCAACGUCUUUGAUGAAAACAAGGACGGACGGAUCGAGUUCUCUGAGUUCAUCCAGGCGCUGUCGGUGACCUCGAGGGGGACCCUGGACGAGAAGCUACGGUGGGCCUUCAAGCUCUACGACCUGGAUAACGACGGCUACAUCACCAGGACUGAGAUGCUGGACAUAGUGGACGCCAUUUACCAGAUGGUGGGGAACACCGUGGAGCUCCCCGAGGAGGAGAACACCCCCGAGAAGAGGGUGGACCGGAUCUUCGCCAUGAUGGACAAGAACGCCGACGGGAAGCUGACGCUGCAGGAGUUCCAGGAGGGGUCCAAGGCCGACCCCUCCAUCGUGCAGGCGCUGUCCCUCUAUGACGGGCUGGUAUAGUCCACGCCCAGAGCUGGGAUGCCUGGGAAACUUGCCUCCUCCCGUGCCAUGAGCCGCCUCAGCCCCGACGCCGCCCUCCUGUGUCCACCUUGCCAUUCUCCACGGGGCUGCCCCUGAGCAGCGAGGCCGGCUCUCCCCUCCUCCCGCCAACUCCCCUCUUCCCCCGCCUGCUGCACCCACCGCCGCCUGAAGCCACCGGCUCCAAUCGCCCACCACCUCUGCUUGUCCAGAAAACACCCUGAGACGGCAAAGGCUCCCGCCGUCCGCGAAGCCCAGGAUGCAGCUGCCUCGCAGGCAGCGCUCCGUCCCCUGCUCUCCCGCGCAUCUGCUUUUGUUUUUUAUUUCAAACAGACAUUGAAAAAGAAAAAAA